CUCAUUUCACGUUUAUUAUAAAUUAUCACAAUGUGGUUGGACGAACUAAGACGAAAGCCAGACAGGGCGUCAGAGGAAGCCUUACUGAAUCACGUAGCAAGUUUUAGGAGACGUUAUAAUUCUUAUUUUCCGUUGGGACCUCUCUUGUUGCUGACUCCCAAGAACGAGGCAAAUGAAAUGAAAAGUAUCGUGAGCUUUGUGGUUCCUUCGCUCGUUCCUUACUCACAGCUGUUGGAGUUGGAAUCAGCUGCACAGGUGUUGGCGGAUCUCAUUACCUACCUUCCCCCUUCCCUCCCUCCGGCCUUGCCCGAGACAGUGCGCUCCCCCUCGUGCGUCAUCGAACUCCAGAAGGGAAACGGCGUCGAGUGUGCCCUUGUGAUGGCGUCGAUACUCCUGGGGGCCGGGUAUCGCGCCCUCGUAGUGCAGGGGGCGGCGGACAUGUCCCUUGUGGCUGCAGAUACGUCCUCGCUUCCGUGUCCUUAUUUGCAGCAGGAGGAAGAGAGCUUGAAGGCCGAGGAGGACACGCGGGCCUCCAAGUACACGGUCCGUCCUCCUCCAGAUCUCAGAAGUCGGUACGUGGCCAUCAUGGAGGAGCGGGAAAGGAGGAGGCGCCGGGCGGAGGAGGAGGCGGCCAAGGAGGAGGUUCAAGUGGAGGAGGCUGUGGGGGGCGCGUCCCCUACAGACGCCGCCUCUCACCUCCACUUCUGGGUACUGGUCCUUCCUCCGAACCGCGACGUGACCACGCCCACUGUAGUCGAGCCAACCAAUGGGCAAGUGAUACCAUUAAGCCCUGCCCAAAAUCCUCCUUAUCGCCAAGUACACGCUGUCUUUGACCAUACUAACUACUGGGCGUCAAUACGAUACGAUUUUCCUGUGUCCUCUGAUAUGUACAGAACAAAAUCGUCUCGCAUGGCUCACUUGACAAUCUCUGGCCCAUACGAAAAUCCACGAGAAGUAAAAGAGCAAUUUGAACAGCGAAAGGACGGUCUAGAAAGCCGCGUGACCGACCUCGUGCAGGGAGAUGUGACCGAGACGUUUGCCAAGACCCGUCAGGACACACUUCAGCGUAAGGAUGGAGGAUGGGAAAAUUCGACUCCUAUUGACCCUUCCAACCCCGCAGGACAUCAGUACUGGGUAUCUCCUUCGGUCCUGGCGUCGCGAACUUCCUUGGACGGCCUGACGAAGCCCUCGAAGGACGCCUCUGAGGAGGAUCGGCAGGAUGGCCACGGGGAAGAGGUGUUCAUGUUCCAUUCGAAGUUCCGAGUGGACGCCUUGAGGAGUCGCAUAAUAGGAGGCGGAGUCUGGAGGGAGGAGUUUGACGAGCGACCGGACCUGCUAUUGGCUCGCACCGUCACCUUCACAGAUUCUGGCGCCGCCCCCAACAGGUCUAUACAGAGAAUCGAGGAGGAGUUCGGGCAGCCGGAGGGCACGGAGCCGCACCAGGCCGUGCAGCGCCGUGUGUUGCAGGUGGCGGAGGGCAGAAUCCUCCUCGUGUACCACUACGGCCACCACCGCCUCCUGCAGCCGACCAGGUCCUUCGUCAAACCGCCUUCGUCAGACGGUCGGGCGGCCACGCUCUCGCCGGAGAUGACGCAUGGGUUCCAGCCUGAUCCAACAGUCGAGGAUCCGCCGAUGCCGCAGCUGUGGGCGGUCCUGCGGGCGGAGAUGGAGGCGGAGGCCGUGUCGCAGGAGGAGGUGCGAAGGGGCGUGGAGGAGACGGCGCAGGUGCGGGAGGCGAGAGCUCGGGAGGAGGAAGACCCGGCUCUUGUGACGCACAUCUUCGACAUCCACCGGAAUGAGACCGUCCAGUUUAUCCUGCGGCAGAGGCAAUACGACGAAGCUCACCGCGAGGAAACGCUGAGGAAGAAACGUGAAGAGAGAGAAGGAAAAGUAGAUAUCAUCGCUCCGUAUAUUCCCCUAUUGACGUCGGACGCGGAGACGGGCGGACCCGAGACGGUGCGGGAGAGGUGUCUUCAGGACCUCAGGGAGAGACUCGCCCUCCGAGCCAACCUCCUGCAGGAUCGGCUAGACCAGGCCCGCGCUGCCGUGCUCGAGUGCCGCGACGAGGCCGGGCGCCGCAAGCGACUGAGCGCCGACGAGCGGGCCGCACUCACGAGCCGCACCGCCGCUGCCGAGGCCUCCCACCGACGCCUCCGGGCCCAGCUGGCCGCCUGGAAACACGAAGCCUCUGAGAGAUACGAUAGCCUCGCCGGCCAGCUCGAGGUCGACCCGAGAUUCGCUCUGGACAUCGGCAGCCAAGGGGCUUCGUCGGCAGAUGAGGAGGACGAGUCGGCGUCGGGAUAA